AUAUUUGAUCCGGGUAUGAGUAAUUUCCCCAAGAAAAACACUGUUCUGUUUGAUCGUUUCUACUCCCAUGGAGUCGUGCCCCAUCUCCGAACAGCCGGCGACGAACUGGCUUGAUCUGCCUGAUGACCUCAUGACCACGAUUCUGCUGAAGUUAUGCGCCUUUGAUAUCCUCGUCAACGUGCAAAACGUCUGCUCGUCCUGGCGUAGGAUCUGCAAGGACCCUUUCUUGUGGCGUGUCGUCGAUAUCCACUAUAUGGAUAGUCGCGUGCAGUUGAGAACAGACCGCUUUGCGGAGAUGAUGUGCAUGCAGGCUGUCAACCUUAGUUGUGGUCAAUUGGUUGAUAUCAAUAUUGAGUCCUUCGGCACCGAUGACUUGCUCCUCCAUAUCUCUCAGAGCUCAAGACGACUUAGAAGACUCCGGAUAGUAUGUUGCUCUGACAUCUCUGCUGACGGAAUCACUAAAGCAGCUUUGAAAUUUCCAUUGUUGCAACAUCUUGAAAUCUCUGGCUCUGCAUAUUGUUUGAAAACUUUGGCAACUGUUGGAUGUUGUUGUCCUCGUCUGAAAACAUUGAAGCUUAAUUACAACAGAAGACGGUCUGAAUUUGAACGGGAUGAGGAAGCCUUGGCCAUUGCUGAAAAUAUGCCUAAUUUACGUAACCUUCAGAUACGUGGCAACCUUCUAACUGAAUGGGGCUUGCAGGCCAUUCUUGAUGGGUGUCCUCAUUUAGAAUAUCUUGAUUUACGCUGGUGUUACCAUAUAGGUUUUGCAGCACAGAUGAACCUCUUACGUUCUGGAAAGAUUAAAAGUUUCAACUUGCCUGGUGAGUCCUUUGAUGAGUCUGACAGUGUGAGCGAAACUUUUAGUUAUGUUGGUGGCGAUUCUGAUGACAAUUUCUCCGAUGAUUUCGACCCCGACACCGACUAUUUCGACUCGAAUGCCUGCCCUCCCUUUCCCACACACUGCAGGUUCAUAAACGAAGCAGAGGAGCCUCGCAACUGCCAUUUUGAUUCUCUCUUCUGCAGGCAAGUAAGGUGUUGGUGUCUUCAUUAUAAGUUGCUUAGUAAGGAGAGAGUUCUAGGGAGUUGUUUAAUUUUCUUUUCUUGUUUAAUUUUUCUAUUUUGGAAGUGUAUUUGGAUAUGAUCUACUUAGUAUUUAGUUUAGAUUCCAUUAAUUAGCGAUGAUGAAUGGUGCAAUUAUGUAAAUGCUUUCCUUUCCCUUCUUUUGUGGUU